AUGAGCGCCCAAGGAAAUGGCGCCUUCCUCGAAUAUCAUGAACCAGACAUCGUCAGCAUCUUGAUCUUAAUCUCCUUCUUCUUCUUUCUUGCCGUGUCUGAAUGGGUGGCCGACAAGGUGCUCCGAGCGGGGCUCAUUGGCCAAAUCAUUGUUGGCCUCAUCUACGGCGUCCCCAUUGGCAACAUCCUGGCUCUGGAAUGGCAGGAAACCUUUCUCGCCUUGGGCUACAUUGGCCUCGUCAUCAUCAUCUUUGAAGGUGGUUUGACCAUUCGCCUGGAUCUCCUUUGGCAAAACUUGUUCCUUAGCACCAGCGCGGCGCUUCUUGGUGUGCUCACCCCGAUUGCCUUGACGUUUGCCUUGUUCUAUGCUGGCUUUGGCUAUGGCCCUCUCGAAGCCUUCAUCGUCGGCACUGCUCUGUGCUCUACCUCCCUUGGGACCACCUUCGUCGUCAUAAACAGCGCCUCGUCAAAGCACGAUUUUGCCCAGACCCGUGUCGGCACUGUACUCAUCAGCGCCGCCAUUCUCGACGAUGUCUGCGGUCUGGUCCUUGUCAGUGUCAUCUCCCAGCUGCGUGACAUCGAGAAUGCGAACCUGGGCUGGGUCAUAGGGCAGCCUAUCCUUGCCAGUGGCCUCAUGGCCAUCCUGACGCCUCUCGCAGCCAAGUUUGUUCUCGGCCCCCUGUUCCGCCUGCCAGCUAUCGAGACGCGUUUCUUCCGGAAGUUCGGGCACGUCGCGAACAUGGUCCUGAUGGUGCUGGUUCUUUGCGCGUUUCUGGCCAUUGCUGCCUAUGCCGGCGCAAGCGUUUUGUUCGGCGCAUUCCUGGCCGGGACAGUGGUGUCGAGUUUGCCUAGCAAGCAGCAUGUCCGCCACAGUGAAGUAAGCGACACGACCGACCUUGAUAACAACGCGAAACAAAAGAGGCCAACAUUCGGCGACACGUUCGAGCGAUACAUCCAAGAUGCACAGCGCUUCAUACUUCAACCAUGCUUCUUCGCCAGCAUCGGCUUUUCCAUUCCAUUUAUCGAACUUUGGACAGGGGAGGUCAUCUGGAAGGGCAUUGUCUUUACCAUCCUCAUGGUUUCUGGCAAGUUGGUUGUCGGCCUAGUGGUCCCAUUGUGGGAUCUCAUCGCAAACAGGAAGCCGGACCCCUCAGAGAAAGCGCUUUCGACACCCCCAGCAAGACCAAACUGGUCCUCAGCAGCCUUCCUUGGUACUGCCAUGGUCGCGCGCGGCGAGAUUGGACUUCUCAUCAUCCAAAUCGGCUUGAACGAGACACCGUACCUGUCGCGGAAGGCCUUUGUCAUUGCAGUUUGGGCCAUCGUGCUCAAUACGGUCAUUGGCCCAGUAUCCGUCGGAACACUAUUGAACCGAUUUGGAAGCGCGGUCGCGGAGGAUCCUCGGUGGGGAAUACAAGCAAUAAACGCUGGAGGCGAAGUCAAUAGGAAGCCUGAGGUGGUAUCCGAGGGUACUGGUACCGUGGCACUCUAGCCGUUCCGAACAAUUGCUCAUAUCGGCGUUUCUUUGCGACUGCCAAGUGUCAGCUAGAUACCAUGGACCUACGACUCUGUUAAGGGUCUGGAAGCUUGUCCUCUAUUUAUG